AUGGAUGGACGAAUAAACCUAUUAUUCUGGCGGCAGACAGAACCAGCAGUGGGAUCUUAUUAUCGCCAAGUCCACAAACUUCAUCCUAUAGUUCUGCUACUUGAAUUGGAAGAAACGUCAAGCCCCAAUCCGAGUUUCCUAGACGCUAUCUCAUACUUUCCACUUAUAUUUUGGAUGCAAGGAAAGAUUUCAAUAAUUGAUAACCUUCUCCGAGCUGGCGUCAGCAAUGCGGAGCAUGUCGUUGUUGUUAAGGAGUUUGCAUCAUUGGCCGAAGAACAUCUUGCUGACUGCAGUACCAGCAUAAGGAUGUUUCCACAAUUACGAAUGAUCACAGAACUCACGCAUACGAGUAAUAUGCGUUUCGUGCAAUUCAGCGCAAACAAUCCUUAUUCGUUGGCACAGUCCAAGUUUGAAAAGUAUGAGAAGAAACGAGGGUCACACAUGCCUUACAUGUUUCGCCUUCCAUUUGCGCAAGGUGGAGUGUUUAGCGCCAACAUGUUGGAUAGGUUUCGCAUUGAAAUGGAAGAGAAGUGUCACUCGUUAGAUGCGUCACAACUGGAGUCAGCUCGAGAACGACGAAAGGAGAUGCUCAAUCACAUAAGAACCAGAAUGCGAAACAUGGGAAUGACGGAUGAUGAAGAGUCUCUUGACUGCACGGAUGUCGUGGAGAGCAGUAACAGGAUUUCCUUCGUCAUAAUCAAUCCUACAGCGGAAUUGCAGCUCGAAGCUGGCGAUAUUGUGUACGUGCUGUGUAGCCCUGUGAAAGAAGACGCAGGCAGCAAGCAGACGAACCCUAAAAGAGGGCUCCGAAGGACACAUCACAUCGAGGAGAUGACAUUCGACAGCAAUGACAAAAGUGCCGAACAUAUAUCAUUUGAUGUUCUGUCGCUCCCAUAG